AGUUUACCUCUGCGCUUCUGGGUGAACAUCCUCAAGAACCCCCAGUUUGUCUUCGACAUGGACAAAAGUCCCCACAUGGACGGAUGCUUGUCUGUCACCGCUCAGGCCUUCAUGGACUCCUUCUCCCUCAGCGACACGCAGCUCGGCAAGCACGCGCCCACCAACAAGCUGCUCUACGCCAAAGACAUUCCCAAGUUCAAGCAGGAGGUGAAGGCCUACUACCGGCAGAUCCGAGAGCAGCCGCCCAUCACCCGCGACGAGUUUCACAACUUCUUGCGGGAGGAGUCAAAGAAACACGAGAACGAGUUCAACGAAGGAGCGGCGCUUCGGGAGCUCUACAAGACCAUCCGGAGAUACUUCGCAGAGGUCACUGCCAAGCUGGAGGAGGACGGCGCCCCAGCUGAGGUGAGGGAGCAACUGCAACGGGUGAGCGAGACGUUUGAGGGACGCAGGAGCUGCGCCUGGAUGUCAAGCAACUAACGAGCCGCUGUCAAAAAAUGUUGCAACAAAUAAAACUGUACUACCAUCAAGUG